CCCCCAGGAGCCGUACAUGUACGGUCCUCGCCAAAGAGAAAGUAACUAUGUUGUUGUGGCUGGAGAUCAAUGAAGCCGAGUGAAUGGGGGGCUGAGUCGCGCGAGUCCCAACACGGAGGCGGGCGGCGCCAGCCAGAUGGUGGAGGGCUGCGCUCCUUCAUGAAACUGUCUUGAGUUCUUCUUGAAUCGCCAGCGUUCAGCCUCCUCAUGCCUCCGUCUCCUUUAGACGACAGGGUAGUAGUGGCACUGUCCAGGCCCGUCCGGCCUCAGGAUCUCAACCUCUGUCUAGACGCUAGCUACCUUGGCCCCGCCGCCCCGGGCGGCCACAGCCACCACCCUCCCGUCAUCGCCGCCACCUCCACCGUCGUGUCCCUCAAGGCUGCGAACCUGACGUAUAUGCCCUCAUCCAGCGGCUCUGCCCGCUCCCUCAAUUGUGGAUGCAGCAGUGCCAGCUGCUGCACUGUGGCAGCCUACGACAAGGACACUCAGGCCCCAGCCCACGCCGCCAUCGCCUGCCCGGCCACCCAGAUGGUCAACAACAAUGAGAACGCAGGCCCUCUGAGUCCGGCGGGCGGGGUGGUGGGCAGCCCCGUGGCGGGGACCCCCAAGCAGCUGGCCAGCAUCAAGAUCAUCUACCCCAACGACCUGGCCAAGAAGAUGACCAAGGGCAGCAAGAGCCACCUGGCCAGCCAGGGCCCCGUCAUCAUCGACUGCAGGCCCUUCCUGGAGUACAACAAGAGCCACAUCCAGGGAGCCGUCCACAUCAACUGCGCCGACAAGAUCAGCCGGCGGAGGCUCCAGCAGGGCAAGAUCACCGUGCUGGACUUGAUUUCCUGCAGGGAAGGCAAGGACUCUUUCAAGAGGAUCUUCUCCAAAGAGAUCAUCGUUUACGACGAGAACACCAACGAGCCCAGCCGGGUGAUGCCGUCCCAGCCCCUCCACAUCGUCCUCGAGUCGCUGAAGAGAGAAGGCAAAGAGCCUCUGGUGUUGAAAGGUGGCCUCAGCAGCUUUAAGCAGAACCAUGAAAACCUCUGUGACAACUCCCUCCAGCUCCAAGAGUGCCGGGAGGUGGGGGGCGGCGCGUCCGCGGCCUCAGUGCUACCUCAGUGCAUCCCCACCACGCCCGACAUCGAGAACGCCGAGCUGACGCCCAUCCUGCCCUUCCUCUUCCUUGGCAACGAGCAGGACGCCCAGGACCUGGACGCCAUGCAGCGGCUCAACAUCGGCUACGUCAUCAACGUCACCACGCACCUGCCCCUCUACCACUAUGAGAAAGGCCUCUUCAGCUACAAGCGGCUGCCGGCCACCGACAGCAACAAGCAGAACCUGCGGCAGUACUUUGAAGAGGCCUUUGAGUUCAUUGAGGAAGCUCACCAGUGCGGGAAGGGGCUCCUGAUCCACUGCCAAGCCGGGGUGUCCCGCUCGGCCACCAUCGUCAUCGCCUACCUGAUGAAGCACACACGGAUGACCAUGACUGAUGCUUAUAAGUUCGUCAAGGGCAAACGACCAAUCAUCUCCCCAAACCUCAACUUCAUGGGGCAGCUGCUGGAGUUCGAGGAAGACCUGAACAACGGGGUGACACCGCGAAUCCUUACACCAAAGCUGAUGGGCGUGGAGACGGUGGUGUGACCCCAGCCAGGACGGUCAGGGUCAGGGUCACUGUGUCACUGUUCUCUGUUAGGAGACAAAGAGAAAGGAAAACGGAUUGUUUCUUUCCUUUUUCUUCCCUUUUCUUUUUUUCUUUUUUUUUUUCAAGCUGGGGGAAAGGUUUGUGAAAGGAAACAAACUCGUUUAAAAUCUUUAUUUUUAACAAGUGUGAGAAGAAUUUAACGUUUGACGCCCAUUGAACUGAUAAAGCAAGGAGGCUAAGGAAUUUUUUUUUUCAAGCCAACAAUAAACACAUAAAACUAUUUCUCCCCCUUUUCCUUUGAAGCUAUUUGUAGAGUUUAUGAUUAUAUAGUCUGUGCAGGUUCAUAGACCGAAUAUACUCCACUUUGUACCAAUUUAAAAAGAGAACCAAAAAGGAAAGUAGAAAAGAUAUUGGAUUAUGAAGGCCUGGAUCUGCCGGGCCAUUCAUCUGGAAAACAGACCCAGCCUACCAAGCCCUGACUGAGGGCAAUCAGGUCAGUGGUCUAAGGACCCUUCACGUUCUGGAAAGAGACGAAGAUACUGUUGAUUUUGUGUGUUUCAUACUCUGAAUUAUUAUAUUUUCCCCCUUUCUGGGGUUAAGAGAUUUUUUUUUUUUUGAACUAGCAAGGAACUGACCAUUCUACCAUAUGCCUUCACUGUGCAAUAAAUACUAGGGUGUUUGGAGUGUGCAAGCAAGUUAGAGCGGGCAGCCAAAUGCUAGGCAAAUAGUGCACAUUUGCCAGCAUAGAGAUUAAAGAGAAUUAAAUGAAACCGAUUACUUUUCCUUCCCCACCUUUUUCCUUUAAUUUUUUUUUGGGGGGGGGGGAUUUGAUUCUGGUUACAGUGCCAUAAACCUUGUUACAUAUGUAUAUCAGAAUGUUAAAAA